AUUAUCUAAAAAAUUAAGCAAAUAUGACCAACGUUAGAGUCCAAUUAAUGUUACAUUAUAGAAAACCUUUUCAUAUGUAGUAUGUCUGAUCUGCAUUGUCAAUGAUGUCUUCUCCAUCACUUCAGACACACAUUCCAGCAACACUGCUCUCUGCUCAAGCUGAAAGGUUACUAAUAAAGUUUUUCAAACCACGUGAUUACAAAUGCCAUGGCUGCGUCCUCGUGUCAUAUGUGAGUCCAAUCAAGUCGUGUGAUUUAUCCUUAUCGGAGGAAAUUCCUGUGAACAGUCAAAGAAAAUGAAGCCCAACAGGAGCCAGAUGAAAAAUAUGCGCCCUUUCUGUCGGCCGAAGUCAGCCAAACGGGGAAUCCAAGUGAAGGGCAGCUGGAAAGCAGUAGAACUGGACCCCAGUCUCUUCUCAGAAGAGGGCAUGGGGGGACUGGUAUGUUUUGAGGAGCUGACAGACUACCGUCUGAUAGACUCUGUCAAGGAAGAAGCUAAAGCAGAAGCUAAAGCAGAAAAAGAUAAAAAGAAGAGAGAAGAAAGAAAAGAAAAGAGAAAAGCUAAGAAAAGAAAGGCUAGUGAGGGAGAUAAGGAUGGAGGGAAACAGGAGGAGGUAUGUGAGGGAGGUAGUGACAAAAAUGAAACGUCCGAAAAACCAGCUAGGAAGAAGAAUAAAAAGAAAACAGCCCAACAAAAUGAUCCAACCACACAGGAUGACGUUUCUGUGGACAGUAAAGUGAAAAGUGAGGAGGUGAGGGACGAAGUCCAAAACCUUGAAAAUGGUUCAGAGAACGUUGUGGUCAAGGAGGAAAAGGAAAAAGCCCCUGAAGAAACUGUCUCACAAGAUGCUGUUACGUGUCCUGAGGAUGCUCAGCCACAAUCAAACAACACAAUGACUGAUGGCAAAAAUAAGAAAAAGAGGAAAAAGAAAAGAAAGGUAGAAAAGCAGACGGUCCCAGAGUCACAGCUAGCGCAAGAGUCACAGACAGAGUUACCCCCUCAAGGCAAAAUGUCUAAACUCUCCAAAAAGAAAGCAAAGAAUUGGACCAAUGCGGCGCGCUCUGGUUCUGACCAAAACUCAGAUGUGACAGCGUGGAAGGAUCUGUUUGUCCCUGACCAAGUGUUGAAGGCACUGAGCAGUCUAGGGUUCGGAUCACCCACGGCAAUUCAAGCUCUGGCAUUGCCACCUGCUAUCAGAGACCAUAUGGACAUUGUUGGGGCCGCCGAGACGGGUAGUGGGAAGACGCUGUCUUUCGGCAUCCCCAUGAUCCAUCAUAUCCUGGAGUGGAAGAAGGGAGUAGAUGAAAGUGAGGGGGUGACGGAUGGCCAGACUGAGCCAGGAACACAGGUGGAAAGCUUGUACCUGCCGACUGUGGAAGAAUCUGUAGAGACAAGUAUUUCCAUGGACACCAGCGACGAGGUCACUGAGCCAGCUCCAAAGACCAGGGCUGAGUCUAAAGAGGCCUGCACUGAGGAAACCACAGAGCAGGAAUAUCCACAAGAGCAGGGGAGUGAAGAUGUAGCAGAGGAAGACAAUGCUGCUGAUGACAAUGAAAUCAUUGUGGAGGGUGACGAAAAAGCAAUUGAGGAGGAGGAGGAUGAUGAAGAAAUAUAUCAGGAGGAUGAGAGUGACUCUGAAAAGAUUGGGUGCGUCAAAGUCAUUGAGAAUAUGGAGUUUGACUUUGACAACACAGCAGAAGAAGAUGAUACUCUGAAAGUCAGUGAGAAACAGCCAUUGUUAGGGUUGGUUCUGUGCCCUACCAGGGAGCUGGCUGUACAGGUGAAACAUCACAUUGAUGCUGUGGCCAAGUUUACUGGUAUAAAAACAGCGAUUGUGGUCGGUGGAAUGGCUCAGCAGAAACAGAUCAGGAUGCUGAAACGGAGACCUGAGAUCAUCAUUGCUACUCCAGGACGCCUGUGGGAGAUGAUCAAAGAGAGGCAUCCACAUCUGGUCAACCUAAGGCAGCUAAGGUGUCUAGUCAUUGACGAAGCAGACCGCAUGGUGGAAAGAGGCCAUUUUGCUGAGCUGGAAAGUCUGCUGGAGAUGCUGAACACUGUCCAGUUCAACCCAAAGAGGCAGACAUUUGUGUUCUCCGCCACCCUGACCAUGGCCCACAGCUUGCCCACCCGUGUCCUGCAGAAGAAGGGCAAGAAGGUGGACCAGCGAAGCAAGCUGGAGGUCCUUAUGGAGAAAGUUGGGAUCAGGUCCAAGCCUAAAGUCAUUGAUCUGACCCGGAAGGAGGCUACAGUCGAGACCCUGACUGAGACACGGAUACACUGUGAAAAGGAAGAGAAGGAUUUCUUCCUGUACUACUUCCUGCUCCAGUAUCCAGGCCGGACUAUGGUGUUUGCCAACAGUAUUGACUGCAUCAAGCGGCUUAACUCUCUGCUGGUCAUCCUGGACCGUACUCCACUGCCACUGCAUGCCAACAUGCACCAGAAGCAGCGCCUAAAGAACCUUGAGAGGUUCGCUGAGAGGGAGAGCUGUGUGCUCCUGACAACUGAUGUGGCUGCAAGAGGGCUGGACAUUCCAAAUGUUCAACAUGUCAUUCAUUACCAGGUUCCAAGGACAUCAGAGACUUAUGUCCACCGCAGUGGUAGGACAGCACGAGCCACCAAAGAGGGGCUCAGUUUGCUCCUGGUUGGGCCAGAUGACAUGAUGAACUUCAAGAAAAUUUACAGAGCUCUGGGAAAGGAUGAGGAGGUUCCCAUGUUUCCCAUACAGAGCAAGUGCAUGGCUGCCAUCAAGGAGCGAGUCAACAUGGCCAGGAAGAUAGAGAAGAUUGAGUUUCACAACAGCAGAGAGAAGCAUCACAACUCUUGGUUUAAGCAAGCAGCAGAAGCUCUGGAGGUGGAUCUUGAUGAUGAUGUUUUGCUUGGGGGGAGGAAGGACGAGGAGGACGACAGACAGCAACAGAAGAUGGUGAAGGGCAUGAAGAAGCACCUGAAACACCUGAUUUCUCAGCCUGUAUUUAAGAAUGUGAUGAAGACCAAGUACCCCACACAGAUGGGUAAGCUCUCCCUGCCCAACAUGCCCCUACAUGGUUUGGAAACGGCCUUGACCAGUGUCUCCAAUCAGAAGAAAAGACCGAAACAAAAGAAAAAGCAGCAGUAGUGUUAAUGUGUAGUCUCAAUUAGAAUGUCUUUUCAUAAAUGGAAAUACAGUGCAAUUAUUGUAACAUUUUCACAUAAAAUGAUUUUAAGAGA